AUGUUCCUCGACUUCGAUUCCGUGGGUGUUAAGGACCCCUUCAAACAGAGCACAUCUGCGGAUAACGGGGGAGGCAAUGCUGCCAGUAGAUUAGUGCAUAUACGCAACCAGCAGCGAAACGGUCGUAAGAGCGUUACAACUGUCCAAGGCCUCGAGGAAACGCUGGACCUCAAGAAAAUGGUCCGUGCCCUAAAGAAAGAGUUCAGUUGCAACGGCACAGUUAUAUCACACGCGGAAUACGGUUCGAUCAUUCAGCUGCAAGGCGAUAAACGACACGACGUCGUACGAUUCCUGGAACGAGAGAAUCUGGUGUCGCCUGACCAGAUCAGGAUCCAUGUGAUGCUGGCGUGGGCGUGGACCCUGCUGGCCUUUAUGUGCAGGUAUGCAGGGGCCGUUAGACACCAAGGCCUGCCAAGGCUGGCCUUCACAGCACCGGAUGUGGUUGUUAUUGGAGGAGGACACGCAGGAUGCGAAGCGGCAGCUGCUGCAGCGCGAGUAGGAGCCAAAACGAUGCUUAUCACGUCAAGGAAGGCUUCCAUUGGCGAAAUGUCUUGCAAUCCGUCCAUAGGAGGCAUUGGUAAGGGCAACAUUGUCUGUGAGAUAGACGCUAUGGACGGUAUCAUGGGAAUAGCGGCAGAUGAAGGUGCUAUUAUGUACCACCUGCUCAAUUCGAGCCGCGGACCUGCCGUAAGGGGACCACGUGCACAGGCUGAUAGGGACCACUACGCAACAGCUGUAAGGCGGCUGAUCAAUAAACAACAGCGGUUAAGUGUUGAGGAAGCCAUGGUAGAUGACAUCUUGGUCGAUAACGACGCCGUACGCGGGGUAGUACUAUCAGAUGGACGUAACAUAGAAUGCGCGUCCGUUGUAAUCACUACUGGCACUUUCCUAAGGGGUAGGUGCCACAAGUCCAAGACACAGGUACCAGGUGGGCGCUUCGACAGAAUUAACCAAGAUUUCGAGGCCCCAGCAGACGGAUUAUGUAAAACCUUAAAUAAACUGGGAAUAUCGACAAAAAGAUUUAAAACCGGAACACCCCCGAGACUCAGGAGGAGCUCGAUAAACUAUGAUGUCUUAGAGGUCCAAAAUACGGAUCUUGAUCCGACACCGUUCUCCUACAUCAACGCUGAUGCAGACAAUUUGCUGAGACACGGGGUCAUAAACUGCUACAAGACGCAUACAAAUGAACGCACGCACAGCAUAGUCAGAGAAAACCUACAUGUGCUACCAGAUUAUGAAAGUGGGUAUGGCAAAGGGUUAGGUCCACGGUACUGUCCGUCUUUGCCUUCAAAAAUCAUGAGAUUCCCCGAGGUAAAAGGUCACGUUGUGUGGCUUGAGCCAGAGGGCAUAGAUAGCGAUCUUGUCUACCCUAACGGUAUGUCCGGCGCUUUCCCCCAAGAUGUACAGCUCAAGCUGCUUCAAACUAUACCAGGUUUGGAGGAUGUAGAAAUUGUCACACCUGGAUACGAUGUGGAAUACGAUUACAUUGACGCUCGACUACUCCACCAUACCCUCCAAUUCAAACAUCUGCGUGGACUAUAUUUCGCUGGACAGAUAUGCGGGACGACCGGAUACGAAGAAGCUGCCGGUCUCGGACUAGUUGCAGGCUGUAACGCCGCACUAGCUGCGGUAGAUGCGGGUCAGGAGCUAGUGCUCGAUCGUAGCGACGGCUACAUUGGGGUGCUAAUCGACGACCUGGUGCGAAAAGGUACCAACGAACCCUAUAGAAUGUUCACCUCACGGUCUGAAGACAGACUAUUCUUGCGUAUCGACAAUGCAGAUAUCAGAAUGCUCAAAAAGGGGAUUAAAUGUGGUCUUAUCAAGAAUACUAAACGAUUAGAGUUGAUACGUGAGAAGUAUGUAACCGCGCAGGCUGUCAUUAACCGCCUGAGGAGCGUAUCCUUACCACUGCAUAAGUGGGAACCUAGCCUGCAAGGAACAGAACACAAAAAUGGAUGGGAGAUGCUAAGCGUCACCGGUAUGAAGUUGCCCACGUUAGAGAAACGUGUAAAUGAACAUUACCCUGAGGGUAAAAUGACGCGUACUGACGCGCCGCCGAUGUCAGAAGCGGAACGUGAGGGACUGGCAACAGCUUUCGCAGAUACCGACGAUGACUUGGUUGGACAAGCUGCUAGGCUUUCAGCUACACCUACGAACAGCAACAAGCACCUACAAAAUGUUGUCGAGGCGCUAUGCAAAUAUGCGCCAUUUGUAGAUCGACAGGCAAAACAAAUAGAACGCACGCUUCGUGGACGAUCCAUACCACUUCGUCCAGACAUGGAAUACACUAGAGAACGCUUUGCCUUCCUGUCAAAAGAGGAAGUGGAGGUGCUCAGUAAACACAGACCUGCCACCAUCGCGGAAGCUGCCGAUUUACCAGGGAUAACACCCGCAUCAAUGACUCUCUUGGCUCAAAGAAUCGUCAAAGAGCUGCGACGCGGCGUAGAUUGCCGCCGACAGGACGGCGAAAUGCAAGGACUCAAAGUUCCGGGGUUCAAUUUCGACAUAUUCUCAAGAGGAGCUGCCAAAAGCGAUGCGACAGAGCGCCAGUCAUUUGGUCAAGAUAGAAGUGGCGAAGCAGACAGGCAAUCAUUCGAUGCAGGUAAAGCAUCGUUGCGCGAGUCUGUGCCAGGAGUACCGGAUGCAUCGCAGGGGAAUGAGGGAGCAGCUGAUGUGAACGAAGAACUUGCUGAUCAUGAGCUACUUUGGUCUACCCAUUAUACAUAUGAUGAGUUCAUCGACUCCCUCACGGUCACGCAUGAAGACCGAGGGGAUACGCCCAGUGAAAAACGACACUGGUCGUACCCGAGAAGGUGGAUGGUGAAACUGCACAAUCUGAAAAUCGUCAACUGCGUUGCCGAUUCGCUAACAUGCUUCGCGGAAUUUGAUUUUGGCGGUUCGAGGUCCGAAUGCCGCGUGCAAAUGGGAGGAAGCGUAAUCAUCCUGAACCGGGGAGAAACCAAAAACUACAUCCGAACCACUGUGGUACAAAAUGUCACCAAGGAUGUCCCACGCUCAUUCAAUUGUGCCCACGAGUUCGAAUACAGGGGAAGCUAUCUGGACCUUGAGCACGAAAAACUCAAAAUCAAAGUUUGGAAGUACAGAAGGUAUACUGUGAACUGCCUAGAGUCUAUUUACGAAGGGCAACUGCUUCAGUUUGCUACUGGAGACGUGCAUGUCGAAAUACCCAUGUACAAGGGACUCAACAAACAGCGCCACCUGAGGUGCCGCAUAUCUUUUGACCUCUAUUUCCAAGAGCUUUACGAUUUCGAACUUUCGUUCCUCAGCUGGAGGCUCUUGGAUGUUCCAUCAUUCAUCGAGUUACUCUAUAAAGGCAAAGAGGCACCAGAAAAUCUUCAAUCAGACUCGGGUGCUGGGAAAGGUAACCAAAGGAACAAGAGACGCUCAAACAUGUCGUUCUCAAUAUUUGACAAGAUGACAUAUUACUUCAUACGGAAAAGAAUAGAAAGGGACUACGCAAAAAAUGCCGAUAUCAGGAGGGAGACAAGCGAUGCACUAACGGAGGAGAAACGUAAAAGCGUUGAUAGCCUUGAUCCUUACAAACUCCUUUUACAAAGUCAGUCUGAUAUAGUAUUUAAGGGUAACAACAUCACCCACAUCAACAGCGCGCUUCCUUCCCUGAAAUUGCAAGUGCAUGUCAAAACCGACUCCGCUUACCGCCACGCAACGUCGCUACAGCUGUCAUCACUCGUAUCUAGAAACACAAGAAAUGCCUACUGGGAAAACAUGGGAGAAAUCAUAUUCCGAGGUACACUGAUGGAUCUGGAACGCGCUGAACUGGAAGUGGAUAUAGUUGACAUCAAUGCGCCCAAGGCAGCAAGCAAGGUUGGUCGCGUGGUUCUGCCUCUGGCAGGUAUCGUUGACUACCCAUAUCUUACGAGCCAGCUUUGCAAGCCUAAAUGGUUGAGUCUAAAGGCUAGUAUGGAGGGUUGGGGAUCAGUGCUGGAACGUCUGAAUUUUGGGAGACUGAGUGGCAAAAUCCAGAUACAACACAGACCCAGAUAUCGGCAACGUACAAAUCCAUCAGGACUGACGCUAUACAGUUACCCUAUUAUGCUCAUUGUUACUAUUGGAGGUGUUGAUCAACUCAUCCUGGACGACGACAACGCCAAUAUAGACUCGUAUGUGGAGGUCUCAUUUAACAGACAGACAUACCGCACAUACAGCUGCAAAAACAAUCGAGCACCGACUUGGAAUGAGGAUAUACUAGUACCAUUUCUGACCAGUGACGCCGAGAAAAUCAGUUGCUCUGUGAUUUUGCAGAGCAGCCCCGUGAGGUUCACCGUUUGGGGUACGUCCAACCGAGAUGGCAAGGUGAUGUACUUAGGAGGCACCGUUUUGUACCCGUACGAAAUAUUUUACACCGCUAAGGGGGCUUUGAAGCAGCGUGUGAAGAAGACUUACGCCGAAAAUGGGCAGUACGGGAACAUGUAUAACUCACGUGUAUUCGAAACGCGCGUGUUCCACGGGCCUCUAAAAUUGACAUUCCUCAACGGAGACCACCAGUCGAACCUCACCGUAUCUGCGUGGCUAUACCCAGAUAUGCCAGACGAUGUCAUGCCUGAUCAGUUCGAUGCGAAGAUGGUGCGAUCGGAACAGCCUACAUUAUUAUCCUACCAAAUGACACCCUUCUACGCGAGGCUAGCGGCUGACUGGCACCGUGUUGUUGAAAUGAAACUGAAACCUGUAUUGAAAGAUGUCGGUACUAUUAGCGUGGAGUGCCGGACGCAGUACCAACAACGAGUGUACCUCCCAUGCCUCAUCACGCCUAUGCACCCUCCGACGGGAAUCGACACCCCAAACGCUAUAUUCCACAUGAUUCGGUGCUUACCAUUCGUCAGGAAAACUUACGAUGUGAGGUUCACGGCUGAUUUCCUCAUGAAACUUAAAGGAGGAAAUGCCUUCGAUCAUUGUGUCUUGCAGGUGAGUUACCUCAGGGGACUCAUACCGCCCGUGGAAGCUUUUGUAUGUGUCGGCACUACCUACAACGGUCGUAAUCAUGCAUGGGUGGCAACCUUUGACCCUGAUGUCAAUAGAUCAGUGAAGAUGUGGGAGAGUACCACUGGAGAAGUAAACGUUUUGAAGCACAGGUUGUCCUCCGAGGAAGAUCAAGGUGAUACUGUAGCCGAACGACGACUAAGGCUCAAAACGAGUAGCAAGUUCCCAUACAAAACGCUGCUAUAUAUGUUUAACGACACGAACGUGUGGCUCAAUGUUCAGGGUUUCGCAGAUCCUCAGCUGUUACUCUUCGAUUUGGACAAUGCUGAUAUGUGGUAUCCUUUCACGCCACAGUUGAAUCAUACGGAUAGAAGUCAUGUUCCCAGAAUAUCAUACAUAAAAGUCAACGAAUAUGACAUGCAGCGAUUGUCCAAUGAGCUGCAGCAAAACAUCGAAAGACACCUCACCAUCCAUAGGUAUGCCCAAAAUCUGCAGACUAGAUGGAACAAGGAUGAGGCACUUAUCGACUUUCUAAUCACUGGUAUGAAACUACUACAUCAAAUCAACACCUGCCCUGAUGCUGACACCCAGCUGGCUAAGUGUGAACUGCAGGAAUGGAGACUGAUGCUUAAUAAAAACAUUCCGCAGAGCCACCAGGUGGUGGUAGUGCCAGUACAUUUCAAUACGGUUGACGCGGAGUUCAUUGCAGACAACAUUAAAAACAACGUACCGCUGCUAGAUUCACGUGAGAGGUUUAUUACGUUUGCUAUGGCGAGCCGAGUCAUCAGUAUUCCUGGCAACCUAUUUAGUGUAUAUGUGAUACUGCUUAUAGCACAGAAAAUACAUGAACGCGUGCGAGUAAGGCUUGUGAUGGAACAGGAGCGCCUGGCACAAAAGAAGCGUAAGAAGAAGCUAUCGUCCUCUGUCGACGAGGACCCCAAUGAAGUUGUAAACCGUGAGGAUAGCCUUAACGAAAGCCUGAAAGCUGCUCUUGAAACCAAUAUAGAGAUGGCAGGUGAGAAUAUGGCACCUAAGAAACAGUACUCAGCAUUGGUCGAUCAAAUCGAUAACAACAUGGCCAAAAAGGACAGCCAAUUGGACACACUCCUAUCGCGAGCUUUCACGAAGGUUGUAUCGCAAACCGUACAUUUGACCUCCGAGAUACCGGAAUCUCAACCGAUAUCACAACAACAGUCGAACUUGUCAUCCGAAUUGCUUAGGCUCGCAAGUGAUAAUGGGGAUAUUAAGCAAACGUCGUCCGCAUCUUCCCCGACGAUCAACUUCUCCAAUCUCAGUUCUUCGGGCUUAACUACUGCCAGGGGUGAGAUUGACGAAGAUCGCGGCGAAAAGCAUAGAAAUGAAUCGGAUGAACGCAUGUGCAUUGCCAGCUCUCCCAGCUAUGUCUUUGAUUCUCAGGCGCAGAGCGAUGAACGAAAGGCCGACGAAGAAAAAGAUGCAACACCCACUUUCACGACGUAUAGAGAUGACGUUGUAAACCCUAACCUUCUCAGUAGGGAUUCAUUCACGGGAAUGAACUCACUGAGUUCUUUCAAUUCCAGGCUGAUUAUAGACGAAGGCUCCUUUGAAUACUCAGACCAAGAAAAUCCGAAUGUACAGCACCAACAGCGAUUGUCACGCUCUAAUACUAAGCAUCCGGGAAAUGAUGAGUUGUCUAGGGAUGGUGUAUCACGUCUAAUUUUGUCUAGUGAUUCGGAUUCGCUGGACCAGAGUCGUACUGCUGGCAGUGAAAUGAUCUCUGACAAGGAUGCAAGCUACGGUGGUGUGGAUAACAUAUCUAGUGCGCUUCAAUUGAUGUCAUCAAUGAGCAAUUCUGUUAGUCUCUUGGACACAGAAGAAUCUGCCGAUCGGACCGUCAGAGAGUCUUCUGACGACUUCGACAGCAAUCUGGUUUCGGAUUUCUCGGAAGAUGAAGACACUGACGUCUCACCUAGACAUUGGGCCAUCGAGAAACCUCUUUCACGUGGCUUCACUAAACAAAGCAAAGAUAUGGAUAGAAACAUAAAGUCCACCCUUAUAUCUCGAAGUUUUAAUAGCGGGAAACUGUUAGAGAGCGACGAUGAAAGUUCGCACAGGUACACCGAGUCUGACAUGAUGUUCACCGAAGAUGACGACUGGAGUGACAGCAUGAGCAACGGUGAGGGAGUCAGUAGUCCUGGUGGUGAUUCAUUUAGCGAUAGCUACAGUACAUCUGCAAUUGUGUCGGAGUCCGAAGUCUCCAGUCGCUGUGCCACUGAGCCCCCCCUCAAUAAAUUCUUGGUGAGCCGAAGUGACGCAGGAACGGACUAUUUGGUGUCGACCUCUACGUAUUCUAACCUACAAUACGCUGAAAGUGGUGCCAGUUCGGAGGCUGGCCGGGUGGACAGCAUCUCGACGUCACGCGAGGACGAUGUGACACCCAACGUACCGGCAACUGCCAAGCGUCCAACCAAGUGUAGAAGUUAUAAAGUGGGCCCUUCGGCCGAAGAUAAAGGUGAUAUGCUACCUCCGAAGCCUAUUAGUGGGCGUCCGAGGAAAGGCGGGAGCUCUGGCGACAAUGUAAAAAAACAACCAACACAAGUGUCGAGGCCUGUGUUGCCCGAACGAUUAGGGACUCAAGGUUCUUUUCUAGGUCUGCAGCAAGAGAGUUCCCUGAUCUCCACGGACAAUGAGACGUACAGCACCGUCAGUAGUGAUAACACGAUGGGAGGUAAAGUUUCCUUCGCAAAGACGGCGACCUUAUACACCGUCGAUAAUUGCGCCACCCAAGUGCCUACGCACGAAUGUGAUACACCUAGCCAGCGUCUGGCGCGCUCGCUUUUCGACAAGAGUAAAGUCAAGACGCGCGAGAGGGAACGUCGUGAGGAGCAGAGUUACUCGGUGUGCGAUUUCAAAUAUGUGGACUUAUUCCGCGGCGACAACAGAGCUAUCGUUGUCUACGACGAGGGCGGCGGAAUCCGGGCGUUGCCGCAGACCCCUGAAAACGACUUACCACCUGCCGAGCUCAGGACCAGAUGUCCUCUGUGCGGAAACGAAGUGGAUGAUUCGAAGUACACAUACAUCGCCCAGACGUACUUCUAUCUUUUGCAGCGCAAUUUCAAAAAGUGGUCGAGCAAGGAAAAUGGAGGGCGUAGGAGGUACGCAACUCGCUCCUCUAGCGUUGGACGAAGCACUUCGUUGAGGCAGCCAUUACCAGGCCCCGGGUCAGUAAUACGGAACAACAGCAAUCGGAGAAGGAGCCACAGAGAACACUCGCUAUCUGAUGAGGAAGACUACGUGGGAGAAAGUUUCUGUGGUAUAGGCACCGCUGUGCCAGAAAACGACGUCGACGUGCCCAAGCACAUACCUCCUGAGCUCCUGGUCACAGGGUACUACGCCCGUUUCUUCGAAGAACGACUAAAACUUGGAUCGGGAUCAUACGGGCAUGUAUACUACUGCGUACACGUGAUAGACGGUCUUGAGUUGGGUGAAUACGCCGUCAAGAAGCUUCCCGUUGGAGAUGACCGGAAAUGGCUCAGGAAGAUGAUUCGUGAAGUAAAAGUGCGUGAAAGAUUGCGACACCGCAACAUAGUCGAUUACAAUCAUUCGUGGCUUGAGAUGCACAGGCUCAACGAAUUUUGUUUGUAUGUCCCGUGGUUGUUCGUCCUCAUGGCUUACUGUAACGGGGGCGAUCUUGAGGGUUUUGUUAAGAAAUUUGGAGAACAGCUGUCUGACGAGGAAAUAUUUGUGUUAUUUUUAGACAUCGUAAACGGCUUAUGCCACCUGCACAGGCACGGGAUAGUGCAUCGCGACCUGAAACCCUCAAACGUAUUGAUUCACUACAGUCAAAAGGAUGGUGCCCUAGCACUGCUUUCUGACUUCGGAACCUGUGAAGUACUAGCCGAAUUGUCCGAGAGAGAUGAAACGCGGCAAGGUUUCACGGGUACGGUGGAGUUCACUGCGCCGGAACUAUUGGAAACUGACGAAACUGGAGAGUUCAGCAUUUACUACGAUACCAAAAGUGAUAUGUGGAGUCUGGGCAUAAUCCUCUUCUAUCUGUGUUACGGAACUCUACCGUACUACGAUAUAUCACCGCAAAUAUGCCGUGAUAUGAUACUUCACCAUAGAUGCAUCAAGCUGCCGAGCGUACCAAAGCGAUGCGCGGAGCUUCAGAUGCUAAUUCUGGCCCUCACACAGCGAGAUCCCGCUAUACGACCAGAUUGCGAUACUAUACUGUAUGACAGACGCAUGGUCGAGAUAAUGCGCGAUGAUGACUUCAUCAACACGGGAAAGGUUAAAAUAGCCGUCAAACUUGCAACUUUAAGGGAUGGAGAACCACCAAAGUGUGACAGUGAGUCCCAUCAUCCGUGCCUGAUGAAUAUGCGCGGAAACCUCUUGGGACAAUCUGAAUUUCGUCGCCCAUUCUAA